AUGAUACUUCUCUCAAGUCUCUUGUUUAUAAUUCUUCUAAUAUUUCCAUCUCUUUCCGGAUGUGCCAAGAAAGCGUCGAGUAGAAAUCAUGCGACGAGUCUGGCAAGUUGCCAAUCGUGGUCCCUAUCGAAUUCGUGUUCAGAGCGCCUCGACAACGUCGAAAUCUCGAACGGAUAGCACGGAACGACAACCGGAGCCGCGCCACAGAAAGCCGCCGCCAGAGCACCGCCCGUCUUCUCACAAGUCGCCCGUCCCCAAACCCACCGUACCUCCGGCAGUGAUCCCAGUGGUCCCAUCGCCCGCAAAGACUUCGGAAACACCCAAAAAAGUGGAAAUCCCGGUCAAAACACCGAAAACGGCGGCGCCGUCGGCAAAAGGCAAACCAGCAGGAACUCCCAAAGCAAAGUCAUCGCCGACGCCGCCGAUUCCGGAGCAUUUGGGUGAACUGACAAUCCUCGCGAGCACCCCAUAAUCGUAAAUGUUCAGAAAAGAAGAAGAUGAUCACGGCGAAAAAGUCCGAGUACAUAAGAGCGCCACAAAAGGAGGAGGAGGUAAAGUUGGAUCUGACACAGCCGGAAACGCUCAAAUCGGCGGCCAACUCGGCGAAGGAGACGACGGCGCGGAAGCGGAGAAAUCGGCUGAAAGAGGGAGAGGUGAACGACCACAGCGACGACACUUUCGACGAGGUGCCCGCGAUUCCGAAGACCGACGGGAAGAGCUUCACGGAGGUGAGCAGAAGACGAGCGGCGCUCACAAUGAAUGUGAUACAGUUUCAGCCGUCCGCCGAACGAGUGCCGCCCAAGAAACCGUCGCCGUAG